CGCCCCCUGCAUUCGGCGGCCUGAGCGGUGCGUUCACGGCCCUUUUCACAGUUUUUGAAAGUUGUCAACAGAGAGAAGAAGUAGAAGAAGAAGAAGAAGAAGAAGAAGACGAAGAAGAAGAAGGAGAGCAAGAAGAAGAGCGGCUUCACACCGACAGCAGAGCUCGGAGGAGGAGGAAUGGGCUGCAGCCAAAGCAAGAAGAAGAGCAAAGGCAAGAAGGGAGAGAAGAAGCGGAAAGAAAACAGCCGUCAAGAUGAAGGAGGUAAACGAACGUCAGGUGAGCAGGAUGUGUAUCUGGAGAAGCAGCUGGAGCGCUUCGAGUGGCAGCUGAGGACGUUAAAGGAAGUGCUCUCGUCCAAUGGGAACCCGGAGAGGGCGGAGCUACUGAAGCACCACGCUGAUGAGGAGGUGUGCGCCCUCGUCCUGAGCAUCCUUGAUAAGGUGAAAACAGAGACGACGGCCGAUCUGAAUGUCCUCCAUGAACAGAAAAAUAAAGCUGCCACUGAAGAACAUGAGAGAAACUUGGAAGAGCUGCAGAAGAGACACGAACAAGAGAAAACUGAACUGACAGAAAGGUUUGAGGCUGCUGAGAACGUCCUUAAGGGUAAAGUGGAGGAACUGACGUCAGACCUGCAGGUUUAUAACGAGUUGAAGAUGAGAGUGGAAGAGUCGACGUUCAAAAAGGACCUGCAGAGAAAUAUUCAGGCCCACGGCAGCCCAGGUGCAUUCUGGGAGUCUGAGCAGGAGUCUCUGCUGUUUGUCAUUGAGAUGAAGAGUGAGCGCGUGCAGGAGCAGAACAGGAAGUUGCUGCAGAUGGACUCUCUGGUGGAGAAGAAUUUGUCUCUGGAAGAUCAGAUCAUCAACAUCCUGCAGCAGAACGAAGAUCUGAGAGUCCGGAUAGACAACUGCCAGACUCUGAUUCAGGGUUUAUCGAAGGAGCAGCAAGACAUGAAGGUGGCGCUGGAGAGGCAGCUGGUGAUCAACCAGAAGCUUUCUCAGGAAAAAGAGCAGCUGAUGUUCAAACUGAGACACAGAGACUCGUGUCCAACCAUCCACCUGCCCGCCAUGCUGCCAGAGAUCACGCCCAGUUGACUGUGAUCAUGUGACUCUGGUCACAUGAUCUUGUAGCUAGUGAGCAGACUGUGUGUCUGUCGAGCUGCCAUCAUCAUUCACAAGGUAACCUGCAGUCGGCCUGGUUCUCCUCUGACUGGGAUUUAAACUCAGCUGCAGCUGCUCGUCUGAAGAGCAACAAGCAGCGUCAACACAACUGUCAGGACUUUUAGCUGGAUCCUCAUCGAUCCACAACAACAAGGAUGAAUAUUUCCCAUUGGAGCUGUGACUCCACUGGUAAAUGUUCUGAUGCUAACGUGAAAAGCGACUCUGCUCCAGCAGCUACAUGGACUCUAAACUGGAUCCUGUGGGUUCAGAUGGUUCUGAGCCUCAGGCUGUCGUGGUAAAACUGCUGCCACGCUGAUCUGUUAGUCAAAUGACUGUUAGCUCUUCAGUUCUUCAUGUUUACUCAAAUUAAGUUUUUUAAAGGAUUAUGAGACAGAUGGACAGAUCAGGGUAGCAGCAUCCUCUGCGCUUGGUCACACCAGAAAGUCACGUGUCAAAGUCACAAUGUUGUGGCUAUUUGUCAGGCUAGUUAGCUUACUACUGUAGCUGGAGAGCUAAUUAGCUGACUGGUGAAAUGCUAUCUAACUGUUAAUGUCAAAGCAAACAAGACUGAGUACUCUCCAGUGUCCUGAAGCUACACUUGUAAUCAUUUUUAUGCAGACAUGCUUCAGAACUAGCCAGCUACAAUAGCCUGCCAAGCUUGUUAGCUGCUGGUUAGCCAUUCAGCUAAAUCUGUUAGCAUUGUUUAUUUCAGAGACAGAUUCAUCCCCACCAGCUUUCAUCCCACAGCUUAUUGAAGACCGUGCUGCUUCUUCUUUCAGGUCAGAUAAAACUGGCUGUUUCUACAGUGUCUGUCAGCCCGUUCACUUUAAUGUCAGCUCAGUCACGACUAUUUCAAGUCAGUUAGCUGUCCGAAUUCAGUUUGCUGCGAACAAAACCGCUAAUCAUGACAAUGACAUACUAGUGUGACCUGGCCUGAGUGACCACAGUCUACCUGCUGAAGGGCCUUGGACUCGCGUAAUAACUGAUCAUGAAGCUGCAUCUUCUGGUUCUGAGGCGACAGACCACCAUGGAAGAAAACCGACUUCUCUGUUUUCUGAAACACAACACUUCAUGCCAGAUUGUAUGACUGUCUCUGUCUGUCGGACUCUGAGCAGCUCCAGCAAAUUAAAUUGUCUUGCUCAGUAGCACAUAUUUGUGACUGAGUUGAUUUAGUGUUCUGCUUCAACUUGGACGUCUUCCAAGAGCUACUGUUAUAUUGAAGGUGCCAGGAGGUAAAUUCAGGUGGAUGACGUUUCCAUAGAUUGAUUUCUUCAAGCAAAGUUCCUACAAAGUGUCCACUAGGGUUUGGAUGAUUUUUCAAGUUUUCAAACUGGCCACCGUCAGCACAACAACCGAUGAUCACUGAAAAAUGCAGAUAAAAUAUAUAUUUAGAUUUUUACACAGUUUGUGGCUGAGCAGCAGCUCAAGCUCAUUCUUCAGAGGAAGAUCAUUAAACUGCCACAGUAGUUACAGGCAUUGCUCUAAAACACAACCUGUGACUGCUGAACGCUCGUGUCCACUGGAGCCUGUUGGAACUACAAUGAGAUGUCACUGAGUAUCUUUGAGAUCUUCACAGGAAAACAUCGAGGACCCUCUCAGAUUUUCCUUGGAAAACACCUAGAUGUCCAGUUAGAGAGCUGAAAUGGCUUCACAAACAUUUCAACACUGAAACUAAACAAGUUUAAACCAUCAACUGUUCUCCUCAUCUUCACUUCUUCCUCUUCCUCAUGCCACGUAAGUUUUUAAUUUUUAUUUCUCGUCUGGGUGCCUUACAACACACAGACGCCUCCUGACGACACCUUAUUAUCGUAGGGCUGUUCAUCGCUGCUGUUGGAGGGCGACACCACUUCACUGUCAGUAUCUGGUGUUUACAUACAGUCUAUGAAUCCAGUAUUCAGGAGCCGAACAAACAAACCACGUGGAGCUCUUUCUAUUUUGGUGUUUCAUGAGCUUCACAAUCAAAACAUAUUCUCAACACACAGAGGUCUGUUUUAGUUUUGUCAGUACAAAAUGACAGCUAAAAAUAUCAGUCUUAGUGUUUUUAGCAUCUUAGCAUCUUAGCUGACAAAUGACAAAAUCCUAGAGAGCUAACAUGAAAUGCUAAAGUUAGAAUUCUAACUUUCUAAAACACUGUUACCUUACAUAAAAGGAAGCAUGCUACAUGCUACCUUAUCUUGAUACACAGAUUUUGGUAUUGGACCUGUUCAGGCUAAAUCCUCAUCCGAUGAUAGUUAAUGGGUUUUCAGAUUGUACACUUAAUGAGUGUGGUAACAAGUCAUAACACCAGAUAUUAAAUGCUAAAUACCAGUAUGUCAAAAUCCAUCUUGUUAGCAUGCUACAGUUAGCACAUUCAGCACAAACUACAGCUGGCAGUGAUAAAAGUUGAGUUCAGUGUUUUAGCACCACGAGUGAUAAAAAUCAUAACAUUUUUGUGUUGUUUUAAAAAAUGUUGAAACAGUUUUGUUAGCAAGCAUUAAAUCAUCAUCAGACAUCAGUGACUCAGCGAAAUUCCUCCAUGCAUCCCAUUGGGGGCUAGCUGGUCAGCUACUGUGGCUACAGGGCUAACUGGUCAAAUAUUAUCAGGACUGAAUAUUGAAGCGGUUUACUGAACCUGCUUUUGGCACAUUUAUGCCACCACGCUUUACGACUAGCCUGCUACAAUAGCCUAACAAGCCAGCUAGCUUGCAAACUGCCAGAUGAUUAUUUACCUUUUUGAAGCAAAAAAAAAAAAGGAGCAUAGCUUUUUCUUCCGUUAGACUUUCUGGCUCUCUGUCGGCAGUCCUGUAGCUUGAGAGCUAAUCAUGUGCUAGCAAGCUAACAUUGCUUAAAGAGUUAGCUGGAUCUCUAACAGUUAUUCAAGUAUGAGUUAACAGACAUGCUAUGUUUAUACCAUGACUGAGAAUAAUAUUUUAUACUAUAAAACAGGGUUCAAAAUUAUCUAAAAUAAUGUAAGCUAAAUAGAUCGAAUCUGCCAUUUUGGAUUAAUUAACUCCCUGUUUACUCAAAGUUUAGCAGCAGAACAGUUAGCAUCUGGACAGUGUAAAGGCUGUUUAAGAGUUUAUAAUCAUUUAAUUUUUACAUCAUAGUUAAAUUUUUACAUUAAGAACUACUCCAACAAUCAAAGAACAAUAUUCAGUACAUACACUCUUGCCUUUAAUCAGUUUGCUAACUGCCAGAUGGCUACUUGGCAUGUAAGCAAAAAUAAGUUAGCAUAGCUUGUUCCUCCAUCAGACUCUCUGGCUCUCUGUACUGUACCUGGAGAGCUAACUAAUAAUGUGCUAGCAAGCAAGUAACAUGCAGGCAGUGGCAAGCUAGUAUAGCUCAAAGAGUGAGCUGGGUCACAAACAGUUAGCUAUGUAGGAGUUAACAAACUACACAGGGACACACUGUGUUUUUUGCAUGACGGUUAUAUUUCAUACUUUGUAAAAACAGGGUUAGAUCAAAUGUAAAAUAUGAUGGACAUUGGAUAGAAUCUGCCAUUUUGGAUUAAUCGGCUCUCUGUUCCCAAAAGUUCAGAACUGUUGCAACAGUUAGCAACUAAACGGUGUAAAGUCUAUUUACUAUUGUGAAGGUUUCACUGUUUACAUUUUUAGAUAAUAUUUUAAUUGUACAUCAGAUCUUCUGUAAACCGUCACAGAACAAUGAUUACUGUGCACUGUCGCCUUGAUAUCUCUGUUUCUGGAUUUGUUGUGUCACUUUUUAAAAGAUGUGAAAAUAUUCUUCUCAACUUACAACCUUAUUUGCUUUUUUGUUACUGGGGCGUUGGAUUUAUGGGAUGUGACCUUUUUGUAUUGCCAAAAAAACCAAACCUUUGUCAGUGUUUUGACAACUUUCUCCUUAUGCACGAGCACUUUGACCAGUAUUUUACUAGGACUUUGUAUAAGAGAGAUUUUUUUCCAUAUUUGUAUAGUUUUGAAUUUUUUCGACUUGUAUAUAAAAACUUCUUCCAUUGGUUGGAUUUAAGUCCAGAUAUUUGAUUUUCUUUCUUUCUUUUUUUUGGCUUGACUAAAUAAAAAAACUGAAACUUAAACUGAUCAUUGUGACUACAAUGUCUAUUGUGUAAUGUAAUGUUGACAACACAAUAACCCCAAGCAAUGUGUAGAGAAGGAUGACAGCAUGGAGAAGAAGCUAAAGCAGUGUCAUGUUUAAAAGAUGCCGUGUCCCUGAAUAAACAUGCCUCACUUUGGA